AUGGGCCUACCUGCAGCAGGAAAGUCUACACUCAGCAGGAAACUGGAGGAGGCUCUUCCUAACUCUGUGAUCUUUUCACUUGACGAAGUAAACGGCCGUUGGUCGGAUGAUUUUGACGCCCAUGCGAGUCGAAAGUCCUUCGAGCAGACAGUGCGUUUGUACUUGCAGAACAAUUGUGACGAAGAGUUCAAUAAAGUGGUUAUUGUUGACGACAACUUCUACCUUCAAAGUAUGAGACGACCUUUCGAACGGAUGGCGGCGUACUAUAGCCUCCAUUACUGCUGUAUCGUAGUGGCCAGCAAUGUUGAAGAUGCUCUACAGAGAAAUUCACGAAGGGGAACUGAUCGCGUUUCCGACGAAACAAUCUUGAAAAUGGCCCGUGAGAUGGAAACUCCUAAAGAUGCCUUUGUAUAUAACUGUGAUCGCAUAGAAGAAAUUUUUCAACGCCUCAUGGAGCCCUGUCCACAUCCUCGUAGGCCGAAACAAAGAAGUCAUUCACAUUCUAGCUGCAGUUCAGUUCGUGCUAAAAUAGACUGUGAAUUGCGAGCUGCAGUGGCUGAUGCUGUACGCCAGGGAUUGGAUGGACGACAGCUCGCUGUAGCGAAAAGAGCUGUGUUGAGCAAUUGUCGCAUUAUGAAGUGCAAUUUAUCUGUUGAAGAAAUUCACCGGGCUUUGCUGGACGAGUACUACCGUUCGAAACAUUAA